CAGAAGUCGCAGAAAAAUCUCAGCAAAGAAGAAAUACUGAAGCAAAAAGACCGAGCAACGCUGUCCGAAAGACGCUCGUUUCUUGUCCGAAUGGUUUCCGAUCCGAAGUGUUACAAUCCGAAGAUAGUGCGUCAUUUAACGAUGAGCACCCACCAAAAAAUGAGCGAGGAUGUUGCUCGGGAUCUUUCCUUAAGGUAA